AUGGCGCCGAAGCGAGCGAAAAGCACGCCGACGUUUGCGUCGUGUAUGGACGCGGGCGUGGACCAGGAGGAGCGUGGCGAGCGCCACGUCACCGGCGCGAAAGCCCUUCGGCAUUACGAGGCCGCGUACGCGCACUAUGUGCAGGCCAAAGAAUUGGCGCCCCGGUCGAUGGAUGCGUGGUACAAUGCGGCGCGCGUGCAGUACGUGCUUGGCUCAUCGUUCUACAUGCCGCCCGAUGCGCACGCGGCACUUACGCGGUCGCUCGACAUGUACUUUGGCGCGCUCGAGCGUGCGCCGCCGGACCUCGACGGGGUGCCCGACGCCGGGCGUCUCGAUGUGCUGUCCAACUGCGCGUACGCCUUCCAGUCGCUUGGAGAGCUACAGGACACAUUUCCCUCUGACGAUGCGUCCCUACUCGAGGCGUGGGCGGCGCACGUAGAGCGGGUCGGCGGCACGCGUACAGGGAGCGUGCCCAGCGCGCUGUUCAGCGCCUCGAUGCGUCUCUUUGAGAUGACGGCCGACGGGCAGCACGCGGUGCUUGCGUCGCAGUCGCGUGCCGCGCCGUCGUUUCCGGCGCACGCGUCCGACGACGACGAGAUGUACACCUCGUCGCUCGUCGCCCCUGCCUCGCUGCUCGAGACGUGGAGCGACCAGUUGUCGUGCACGACUGCGAUGCUCGGCCAGGCGCUCGAUGCAGCGGCGCUCGAAACGGCGUUGCAGUACGCACAGGCGGUCGUCGCGCGUGCACAGGCCUAUGUCGCGUCGCUCCCCGACGGCUUUGGCGCAGCGCAGAGCCCCGAGGGCGAGUGGGACGACGAGCUUUCGGCGCUACCCUGGAACGAGCUCGCGGUGCGCGCCGCGGCCGCGCAGCGUGCAGCCGAGCUUGCGCGCGCCGCGCACGAAGUAUGGCCCAUGCACGAUGCCGACGUCGCGAUGGUCGCGCAGCUCGAGGCGGAAGUGAACAGCCUUGCCGCACAGCUGCUCGUCGAUGCGCCGCCUCCCCAGUCGCUUACGUCGGUGCGCGGCGGAGGUGAGGCGCAGCACAAGUAUGAGCGCGGUGUGCAGCGUCUAUGUGAUGUAGCGGACUAUGCACAGUCGCUGGCCACGAUCCGCAUCCACCAAGCGACGUCGGACGCGGCGGACGCGGCGUGGGCACUUACCGGCCUCGCAACGCGGUGCCUCAAUACCGCCGCCUCGGCCAUGGAGCCGGCCGGGAAAGGCGCGAGCUCCGCAUCGGUCACGUCCGCGGCGAGCCUCGCCGUGCCCGGUGCGCCGUUUGAGUGGAUUGCGAUGGACCGCGGCACAGCGCCGGUCGCGGGCGCCACAAACACCUCGACGAGUGUGUCCCGUACCCGUGCUUCGGUGUACGCAAGCCUCGCCCAGGUCGCCCUGACCCGCUGUGAUGCUUCCCUCUUGGAGCAUUCGGCCCUUGCGGCAGACGCCCACGGACGGAUGCUGAUGAAUGCACGAAUCUAUAUACGCCGAGCGUUGGUGGACCAUGGCCUGGCCUGGGUCCAUCACAUCCGCACAAAGCCGAAUGCGCCCGGGGCGCUCUAUGGGCGUGCGCUGGGCCAUCGCCCGCCCGAUGGCUGGGAGGGUCUGGCGCAGGACGCCGAGCUCCUCAUGACCUAUGUCCGGUCCCUGUUCCUGUUGGGCGUCUAUGAAUCCGCCCACAGCCCAGAUGCACAUGCCGCCAAGACCCUAGCAGAACUCGAGUGCCUGGGCGGCGGCGUUUGUGUGCAGCGGCUGCGGGCUGCCCUGGGCGAACCCACUGAAACGCACGCCGAGCGCCGCUUUUGGCGCGAGGUCUGGCUUCCUACGCAAGCGCAGUCGGCGGGUUACCCUGGUUUGCCAGGCGGCCUGCUCUGA